CAAAAGAAACAUUUCAUGGGUAGAUCGACAUAAAAUCUUCAAAGUACGUCAAAAAGGCCACAUUUCUGCAUGAAAUUCUCGUACAGGAAGUGAUAAGAAAGUCCUCCUUUUGCAUUCCGCCAGGCGCCUGGAGGAGUGUGGCAAUGCCGGAAGCUAUCUUACUUCCCCCUCUGAGAUGCCCACCGCUUCGUCUUCGUUCCCGCGAAUCAGGCGUUAGAGCCCGACCUUCCGGCUUGUGCCGGCUUCCAACUGCAGAUGUUCGACAGGACAAACCCCCCACCACCAACACCUCGAUGGUCCCUAAAACGGAAAGUUCCAAAACGGAGAGAGGGACGACCUUCAUCGUAGGUGAGUGCUUCUACAGGCAGGAGAGUGCACUCGGGAGGGACCUGGGAGUCCUCUCGGCGGCUCUUUACAAGCGCUCCAGGGGCGCCCUUUCCGUUCUUGAUGCCAUGUGCGGCUGCGGCGUGCGGUCCCUUCGCUAUCUCACCCAAUCUGACGCCGACUUCGUCUGGGCGAAUGAUGCCAACGACGAUAGCCGGAGAACGAUAUUGGAGAAUUUGUCUCAGGAGGUGAGGGAAGUGGAAGGGAGGAGAAGGUGGGUGGUCACCCAUUCAGACGCCAACCGGUUGAUGGUUGAGAGGUACCUCAACAGCGACUAUUUCGACCUCAUCGAUAUCGAUUCCUUUGGGAGCGACUCCUCAUUCUUGAGAUCAGCUUUCGCGGCGCUCAAGCUCGACGGAUUGCUCUAUCUCACCUCAACCGAUGGAUAUUCCUCCGGGGGGCAUCGGCCUCAACACUCUUUAGCUUCAUAUGGAGCAUAUGUAAGACCUAUGCCUUAUUCAAAUGAAGUUGGUUUGCGAAUGCUUGUGGGUGGUGCUGUUCGAGAAGCUGCUGCACUGGGAUUUCAGAUAUCACCCCUUUUCUCAUAUUAUUCAUAUCAUGGACCAGUUUUCAGGGUCAUGCUUCAAGUGAGUCGUGGGCAGCCACUUGAGCAUGGACACUAUGGUUUCAUCAGUUAUUGCACAAGGUGUGGGAAUUCACGUGCAUUCUCAUGGAAAGAUCUUGGGAAGAUGUUUUGCAUUUGCAGCAAAAAUGAGGUUUCCCAUUCACUGGUUGUAUCAGGCCCCCUCUGGACUGGUCCUCUUCACAAUGCUGAUCAUAUCCGUGACUUGUUGAGCUUAGCAGACCAAUGGGGAUGGACAAAUGCUGGUGUAGAAGGAAAGAAUCUAGAUAAGCUUUUAAGACAGAUGCAUGAUGAAAGUGAUCCUCGACUGCCUUUUGGAUAUAUCAAACUUGACGAGGUGGCAAGCCGAGCAAAAGUCAAUUCUCCUCCUCUCAAAGUCAUGAUGGACGUGCUGCACCAGGACUUACAAACUGGGAAGACUAUUGGUGGUGGCUAUGAAAACGGGGGCAUCUACAUCCUGUCGGUCUCUAUGGGCCUUGCUGCUACCUCUUCUACAUCAGAUUCUACACCCUUUCAGUGACAUCUCAAACUUGGCCAUCCUUCGGGGUCCAAGCUUCGUUCCAUCCUACCUCACAUUUCAGUCCUAGAGUCAUUUCAAUGUGAGGCCUGUCAACUUGGCAAGCAUACCCUUCGAGUCUUAGUCCAUCAAGUCAAGGGUUGUUUGAUCUUCUUCAUGUUGAUGUGUGGGGUCCUAGUAGGGUUGCUAACCGAUCUAAGUUUAGGUAUUUUCUGGUUGUUGAUGAUUACUCUCGAGUUAGUUGGGUAUUUCUUUUGAAAGAAAAGUCUGAAGUAGUAUCUAUCCUCAAAAACUUGAUUAUUGAAAUAAAAACUCAGUUUGGUUCUCUGGUUAAGUGUAUUCGCACUGAUAAUGCUCUUGAGUUUAAAUCCUCUAUCUUAAUGACCUUUUAUGCUGAAAAUGGUAUCUCUCCCCAAUUUACAUGUCCCCACACCUCACAACAGAAUGGAGUUGCUGAAAGAAAACAUAGACAACUUCUAACUGUUGCUCGUACCCUAAUGCUUCAUAAUCAUGUACCUGCAUACUUAUGGGGUGAUGCCAUACUCAUGGCUUGUUACCUAACAAAUCGUUUACCAUCACCCUCCAUUGACAACAAAGUACCGAUUAAACUUGUUUAUCCAAAUCGAAGCUUAUUUCCUGUUGCACCUAAAGUAUUUGGCUGUACUUGUUUUAUUCACAUUCUUGGGCCCAAACGUGAUAAACUUGUUGCUCAAGCCAUUAAGUGUGUUUUCAUUGGCUAUCCUUGAAACCAAAAAGGGUACAAGUACUUUGAUCCGGUAACUCAUAAAAAGUAUAUCAGUGCGGAUGUCACUUUCUUCGAGUCUCAGUCCUACUUCAGUCCUACUUCUGUCAUUUGAGAUGCCAUGUCUUAUUCCUCUACCUAUCCCUCCAGUCCCGUUGCAGUCUUUUUCCUCUCCUACUCCAACAAUGAAUAGGUUCCAGGACCCUCCAUUGGUAUACACGCGUCGGCAGGAUCCUUCUCAUGGUCGACCAUCAGAAUCUUCUGAGGAUGUGAGCUCCAUUAAAUUCAUACUAUUCCAAGCAACUAGUCAUCAACAAACACUACUAGACUGUAAAUGGCGAAAAGCCAUGCAAGAUGAGAUGGAUGAUCUCUUACAGCGUGGUACUUGGGAAUUGGUUGAUCCUCCUUC